CACCAUUUUGUUGUCGUUCACAUGAUGCACAUUUAAUUAUAGAUAUCUUUAAAGGUAUUAGUCCAGAGAUUGUGAAGGGUACACCAGAGAUUUAUGUAAAUUUAAUGAAAUCUUUUUGGCAAAGUGAUCCCUCUAAAAGACCAACUAGUGAAGAAAUAGGUGAUAUUCUUAUUUACCAAUGGAGUGUUUUUGAGGGAAAUUCGGAAAUCUAUAAGAUCUUCAAAAAGGCUAAUAAGGAAAUGGAAAAUAAUAUAGAAUUAGAU